AGCUCUAACUCCCUUAAAAGAAAAAAAAGAAAAAAAAAAUCGAAUUAUCCCUAAAUAGAAAAAUCAUAAAUCAAGAAAUUACUCAAAUUAAGACACAUAACAAUGGGCUCAACGGUCACUUUACAUAAACACUUAUUCUUCUCCCUUCAUUUUUCCCAAAGCAAAAAAAAUAAAAUCCCCUUUUUAGCCUUCCAUUCUCCCUCUUUCAUUUCCCCACACACACAAAAUCCCCACCACCACCACCACCACCACCAAUCCCCGCCGUAAUGCCGCCGGAAAACCACCUCAUCACCACCGUCCUCCUCCUGUUUCUCAUUCCAGCCACCGCUACCGCCGCCGCAAAAUUCCGUGAAGCACCAGCAUUCCGUAACGGGCAAAACUGCCCAAAAAACACACCACCAAUCCACAUAGCAAUGACCUUAGACUACACUUCCCCUUACCUACGUGGCUCAAUCGCAGCCGUCCUUUCCGUUCUCCAACACGCCACGUGUCCUGAAAACACAUUCUUCCACUUCUUAGCUGUGCACCAUCACUCUAACAACCUCAACAAAACAAUUACCUCAACUUUCCCUUACCUUAAUUUCACCGUAUCUCACUUUAACCCUACAUUAGUACGUCACUUAAUUUCCUCGUCUAUACGACGUGCACUUGAUCAGCCAUUAAAUUACGCCAGGAUUUACCUAGCGGAUUUACUGCCUGUAACGGUAAAUAGGAUUAUUUACCUUGAUUCUGAUCUUAUUGUUGUUGAUGACGUGGCGAAGUUGUGGAAUAUUGAACUUGAAGGACGUGUUUUGGGUGCACCUGAAUAUUGUCAUGCUAAUUUUACUCAUUAUUUUACACCUAAGUUUUGGGUUCACCCCACAUUUUCGAAUGUGUUUGAGAAUAGAAAUCCGUGUUAUUUUAAUACUGGGGUUAUGGUUAUUGACUUGCAAAAAUGGAGAAAUGAUGGCUAUACGCGUAAACUUGAGCAUUGGAUGAGAGUUCAAAAGAGGUACAGAAUCUACGAACUAGGUUCAUUGCCGCCAUUUCUACUAGUAUUCGCCGGAAAUGUGAAGCAAGUGGAGCAUAGAUGGAACCAACAUGGGCUAGGUGGUGAUAAUCUUGAAGGACAGUGUAGGGAUUUACAUCCAGGCCCAGUGAGCUUGUUACAUUGGAGUGGAAAAGGGAAGCCAUGGCUAAGAUUGGACUCAAAGAAGCCAUGUCCAUUGGAUAGUUUAUGGGCACCCUACGAUUUGUUUCGACACGAGUCAUUGUUUUCGGAUAGCUGAAUAAUGCAGGGGAGGCUGAACCAAACCUCGAUUAA